AGCAACCGACAACAUUCGGUGUCCCAUUUUCAAGCUGAUUACCGGUGUAUCGAGAUACUGCUACAGGUAUGCAGAGUGUUAGCAUUCCUUUGGUCGCCUUGCUGCUGGCCGGACUUGCAGUUGCAUUGGGUGAACAGAGCCCAAAGUGUUCGGUGUCCGUAACGACCGCUAGCGGUUCUAAGGCCCGUGCUGGACCAUACUGCACGGGGGAACUUAUCUUUGAGGAUAACUUCAACACGCUAGACUUUGAAACAUGGGAGCACGAAAAUACUCUCAGCGGUGGAGGUAACUGGGAGUUCCAAUGGUAUUUGAAUCAUCGGUCGAACUCGUAUUGUGAAAAUGGUAUCUUCUACAUUCGACCGACCCUCCUUGCCGAUGACACCGGUGAGGCGUUCUUGAGCAGCGGUACCUUGAACAUCCAUGGCGGACAGCCGGCUGAUCAGUGCACUAGCCCGUUGUUCUGGGGAUGUGAGCGUACCGGCACUCCGACGAAUCUGAUCAACCCGAUCAAGAGCGCACGUGUUCGCACGGUGGAAUCUUUCAACUUCAAGUACGGAACGAUGGAGGUUCGUGCCCGAAUGCCCACUGGAGAUUGGCUGUGGCCCGCUGUUUGGUUGUUACCGAAGCGACAGGUGUAUGGAACGUGGCCCGCAUCGGGAGAGAUCGAUCUGUUGGAGUCGCGCGGUAACGUAGACUAUCGUGGAUGGGAUGGAGUUCAUAUCGGUACUGAGCAGUUCGGAUCUACACUUCACUUCGGACCGAAUCCCAGUCUGAAUGGAUGGGAAACGACGGUUGCAUACAAAAAUUCUCCAGCAGGACAGGGCUGGAAUACGGGAUUCCACAACUAUCAGCUCACCUGGACACCCGAUUACAUCCGUUUUUCGGUUGACAACCAGGUCGUCAGACAGAUUGAUGCCGGUACUGGAUUCUGGAACCGAGGAAACUUUGGUAACAUUGCACCUGGAACUGAGAAUCCUUGGAUGCAUGCAACGCGUAUGGCUCCGUUCGAUCAAGAGUUCUACAUAAUCCUGAACUUGGCAGUUGGUGGAACGAACGGAUACUUCCCUGAUGUUCCACCGGCGACCAACGGCAAUCGGGGUAAGCCGUGGGCAAACAACUCACCAAGUGCUGCCCGUGACUUCUGGAAUGGACGUAACUCUUGGCUUCCGACGUGGCGUAUGACGGACAACCGGGGCAAGGAUUCUUCGCUGCAGAUUGAUUACGUGCGCGUUUGGGCUCUGUAAUUUGUGGUUUUUUAUUUUACUGAAUUUUAAACUCAUUCAAAAUAAAUUUAUCGAAGUGUAAGGCAAUGAUAUACAUAGUAUAAACCUUGCAAGAAUAAUAUUAAUCAUCCGAAAUGAUAACUUGUUUAUGAGGGAGUUUAAAUAUCACUUCAGGAAUUUAAUUGAUUGCAAUAUUAAAGAGACGUUGUAUUCUACAUAGUAAUUUAGCACAAACUUGAUGCACAUGCAAUAUUCUUAGAAAUUCCAUACUAAAUUUCUUAUCAUUUGAUGUGCUACAGCUGCACCACGAUAGCGCUAAAAUUUGUUGACAUUCUGCUGUUAGGUUUGAUCGCAUUUACAAACCUUAGACCAUCCAAAAAUGUGACCCUGUAUCUUCAACCACCACCCAACAGUGCUUGCCAUUCACCUUUAAACGCCGGCAAGUGGAAUGAACUACUUUACACCCCAUACGGUAAGACGUGGACGAAAAGAGCGUGGUGUUAAAAAUACAUCAACCAUUCAAGACUGUGUGUGAGUAGCGUUGGAAAGCGAAGAAAAUGAUGAAAAUAUAACGUGAAAAAAACACAAACAGCCGGUAGGAAAAUUCGCUCGGCUUAGAACGAUGUUUUGUGUGCGUGAAGCAUUAGUGAAAAGUAGACUAAUCCACUCACAGUGGGUGAUAUUUUUGAGUUAAAAAAAAGUGUAAAAUGAUUAGAUUUAUAAGAAAAAUAAUUCGUUCAACAAUUGUCGAUUAACACAGAUAAAAAUACGAGCAACCCAACCGAAUUGUUUUCAAGGAUAAAUUAACAUAGACAAAAAAAAUACAAUUAUCAAACUUUUCAAUAAAACUGUUCCUAUUGUUUGAACACUGCUUUAGCAAACAUGCCAUUGAUAUUUAAUAAUAAUUCUUACAAAAAUUACAUAUUUUUAAAGAGCCAACAAAAAUGCGCUCAUUGUGCUGUAUGGCUCAUCGUGUGUGGUAGGGGGACAGACAUUUGUGCAG